AUUUGCAGAUGAAGCGGCGUGUGGUAUACCGCGCGGCGGCGAGGUGAGCCGGCGGGCAUGGACCACGCGGUGAAGGCGAUGUCCGCGCGCGGCCCGCUGGCGCGGCUGGUGUCGCGGCGCCGCUUCGAGUCCGCGGAGCUGGAGGAGCUGUAUGCGCGCUACGCCUGCAAGCUGCAGCGGACCUCCGUCGGCUCCGCGCUGGCGCUGUGGGCCGCGCUGGCCGCCGCGCUCGCCGCCGUCGAGGCCACCCGCGGCUGGCGGAGAGCUCCGCAGGUCGGCGUACUAAGUGCGCACGCGGUGCUCUGCGGCGGCCUAGCGUGGUGGUGCGGGCGGGCGGGCGGCGUGGCGCCGGAGCGGCGGCUGCCCCGCGCCUGCUGGCUGGCACUUAUCGGCGGGGGCGCGGCCCUGGCGGCGACCCUGCCCGCCUGGGGCCCCGGCGCCUCCGCCGAAGGCGCCGCGCACGUGGUCUGGGCCGUAUUCGCGGCCUACGCCCUCCUACCAGUAGGCGCCCCAGUCGCCGCAGCUUUCGGCGUCGUCCUACCCACGAUGCACACAAUCGCCGCUGCGCUCGUCGCCCACCGCUUCCCGUACCAUGUCUGGCAGCAGAUGGUGGCGAACGUGGUGGUUUUCGUGUGCGUGAACGUGGUGGGAGCGCUGAUGCAUUCCUUGAUGGAGACGGCGCAGCGACGAGCGUUCUUGGACACGCGGAACUGCAUCGCAGCGAGGCUGGACAUGGAGGAUGAGAAUGAGAAACUGGAACGUUUGCUGCUAUCAGUGCUGCCGCAGCAUGUAGCCAUGGAGAUGAAGAACGACAUCAUAUCGCCCGUCGAGGGGCAGUUCCACAAGAUUUACAUCCAGAAGCACGAGCAAGUCAGUAUCCUGUUCGCGGAUAUCGUGGGGUUCACGGUGCUCGCUUCGCAGUGCAGUGCUCAGGAGUUGGUGCGGCUGCUGAACGAACUCUUCGGCCGAUUCGACCAGCUCGCCAACGACAACCACUGCCUCCGCAUCAAGAUCCUGGGCGACUGUUACUACUGCGUGUCCGGGCUCCCCGAGCCGCGAUCCGACCACGCGCGCUGCACCGUCGAGAUGGGGCUCGACAUGAUCGACGCCAUCGCUUCCGUGGUAGAAGCAACUGACGUGCAACUGAACAUGCGCGUGGGCAUCCAUACGGGGCGCGUGCUUUGCGGCGUGUUAGGGCUCCGCAAGUGGCAGUACGACGUGUGGUCCAAUGACGUCACGCUCGCCAACAACAUGGAAGCGGGUGGGGAACCAGGUCGAGUGCACAUAACGCAAGCGACCCUGGAGUGUCUCGGAGGAGCAUACGAGGUGGAGCCAGGCCACGGCUCCAACCGCAACGCGUACCUGCGCGACCACUCAGUGCAGACCUACUUCAUCAUCCCCCCGCCCCGCCGCAGAAAAAUGUGCCUAUCAUCAGGCGUCGGGCUCGGCUCAGGAUCUCGGCGCAAGCUCUCUUUCAAAAACGUGUCGAACGUUGUCGUUCAGCUGCUCCACUCCAUCAAGUUCAACGUCGACGUUCCCUUUUCCAACAUGGCCGCCUCGCCACAGGAACUCAAGGCUAACGCCGCGAGGAAGGUGCUGGACCUGCGGCGCGCGCUGCACGCGGAGCCGGGCUCGGCGGAGGCGCUGCGGCUGGCGUCGCUGCGCGCGGAAGACAAUAAAGUAACGGAGAAGUUCAAGCGGCCUCUGAAAAAGCGUCACUCGUCUGUGUACCACCAGCCCACCAACCGCGUCAACAAGUACCUGGCGCAGGCCAUCGACGCGCGCUCCGUGCACCGCGAGAAGGCCACACACGUGCAUCUGCUGACGCUCUGCUUCAAGGACAGUGCCAAAGAGGCGCAGUAUCGAGCAUCAACUGAUGGCGGCUGGGCGGGUUCUCUGGGCGCGGCCCUAGGUGCGUUAGUCGCGGCAGGGGCGCUGCAAGCGGCUAUCCUCCCUCGCACCACCAUCGUCCUGCUGCUCUUCGUGACAGCCUUCGCGUGGUCAGCAGCGGUGCUGGCGCUGACGCUAGCUGCGAAACUGCGCCUCGUGCCGUGUGACGUGUCCAGACCGUUCGCUCUGCGGAACGCUAUCACGACGUUUACUAUAGUGCUGGGAUAUGCCGUUGGGCAGGCGAAUGUGGUGACAUGCGAAGAGGUGGCCGUAUGUAAAAACCUGACUGCAAACGUGACGACGAUGGCCGAAAUCCGUCAGUUGAGCGGUGACGUAGCUGCUGCCUUAUGGAGUAGCAAUGACCAUCGGGCCUGCCCUAUACCGCUAUACAUUACUCUCGGCUGUUGCCUCACUAUGCUGACUGUAGCGGUCUUCUUGAGACUGCCUAUCUUGGUUAAAGGAGUGCUGUUAGCAUUGAUCACAGCGACCUAUAUGACCGUGAUCAUGGCGUACCAUAAGGACUUGUUCGACUGCUACGACAUGAUAACUGACCCUGGCGGACCCGUAGGAUCGGCUUACAGCGCAUCGGCGUGGGCGCUAGCAUUGGCAUUGGCCGUGCUAUUGCACGCGCGGCAGACGGAAUGGACGGCGCGUUUAGACUUCCUAUGGCAAGCGCAAGCGCGUGAUGAGAAGAGAGACAUGGAUGCCUUACAGGCGUCCAACAGAAGAAUUCUGUUCAACCUUCUGCCAGCUCAUGUGGCUACACACUUCUUGGACAACCAAUUCAGGACAAACAUGAGGCGCGGUUGGCAGGACCUGUACCACCAGUCGUACCAGCGGGUGGGCGUGGUCUUCGCGUCGAUCACCAACUACCACGAGUUCUAUAUGGAGCUGGACGGGAAUAACCAGGGCAUGGAGUGCCUCAGGCUGCUAAAUGAAAUCAUCGCUGACUUUGAUGAGCUUCUAGGCGAGGACCGUUUCAGCGCAAUCGACAAGAUCAAGACGGUUGGGUCGACCUAUAUGGCCGCAGUAGGCCUCAUUCCCGACAAGAAAAUGACCGAUGAGCCCAGCUCACGCAAGCACAUGGCCACGCUCGUGGAGUUUGUGUUCGCUAUGCGGGACAAGCUGAAGGAUAUCAACGAUAACUCCUAUAACAACUUUAUGCUGAGAGUUGGAAUAAACGUCGGCCCAGUCGUCGCUGGAGUAAUAGGUGCGCGUAAACCGCAGUACGACAUAUGGGGCAACACAGUCAAUGUGGCCUCCCGAAUGGACUCCACCGGCCUUCCUAAUCACACGCAAGUGACGGAAGAAGUCUACCAGGCUCUGAAAGACAUGCCCUACCAGUUCGUGUGUAGAGGAAAAGUCAAAGUGAAAGGGAAGGGCGAGAUGACCACAUACUUUUUGACUGACCGAGCGCCCUCCAACGGCAGUGGAUCAAACCCUAACAAUGGGUCAACUCCGAACCCACCGUCCGCUUACGGAGGAGUAGCGACGCCUUUGGCGAUGCUACAGAAUUCCGCCAGAAGAGCAGCGGCCCAACCCUCACGGUUGCCGCCCGUCAGAGAAACGUCUGUCGCCGGCGAAAACGAACCGUUACUGCCGUCCAACGGCCACCAAAGUAACGGGAACAACCACAAAGGCAGCAAGGGGAGAAGAAACAAGGACUGUGAUGAGACACCACCACCGCCGCCUCCGCAUGGCAUAUCCGCGAAUCCAAGAUGGCCGCCGCCUCGAGCGCUAGUCCCGCCGUGGCCGCGGCCUCAGGAGCCUCGCCCUCCCGCUGCACACAAAAGGAGGCCUCCAACUAGAUUACCCAGGCCUCGAUCUAGCGAGAGUUUACCUCUAGCACGUAGCCCUCGCGUACACUCUUCCGCUGACGAAUUAAGUUCCCUCACUCGAUCUCCUAGUUUAAGUUCAUCCGACGAGAGCUACUCCCGAACGACUGACGCGUCUCCAUCGCCUCCUCGGCCGACGCAGUGGCUACCCCCGGCGCGGCCGCAACGGCCCAACCCUGCGUACGACUACCCUCCUGUUCGCGCGUCCAAACCGACGCCUAACCACAUUAACGAAAUAUACGCCAAGCACAAACUAAACAAGAAACCCUCGCUCGAAGAUAAAUUCAUGGAUGGAAGCCUAAACUUUCAGAAGGAGGAGGAAAAGUUGCAAAGGAGCAUAAUAAACAUGUUGGCGUCUGCGAAACGAGAUGGCUGUUGUCAAACUGAUAAGAAGGAUGUCUCGGGUCGGUUGGGGAACAGAACGAACUCAUUUUCUAGUUCUAGCAGCAGACCGAACAAUUUGAAGCAUUUGAACCACGACAGCAGAGAAGUGUUCACGAAACGAAGCCCAACUGACGUGGCCUGCGUGCCGCCCUUCGAGAGAGAGAUCCAAAGGCUGCUUGAUGAUAAAAAUUUAAUCAAGAGUAAUCCACAGAAAGUGGAGCGGAAGGAAUUGAAACUUGAACUUAGGGGCCAAAACCCAGUCUUGGAGCCGCUCCGUAACUGCAACAACAACAACAGCAGUCCACUCCACGCGGUCGGCCUGGCGGCCAUUACGCAGCUAGCGCGCGCAGACGCAGCGAGCCCGGGCCGCGGGUCGCAGCACGCCGCGUCGCCGCUGCGGCCCUCGGCUGAGUUCCCGGGCGUGCUGCCUACAGAUGUCGUCGUGGAACUGCCUUCGCCUACGCAUUCGCGGGAGAACAACAUUAGUCCACCAUGCGAGCGGAAAGCAGAUGCAGCUACGUCUAAAGACAAACACGAAAAAGCAAUCCAGGAGAGACUACAAACCCGGGUAACCACUUCUAAUCAUAGAGAAUUGGGUCUCUACGGGGAAAGUCAAUCCGAAUGGAGUUCGUCUUGUUCCGAGGGCGAGGGGGACGGGGAGGGCGGUCAGCCAGAGAGCACGGGAUACACCACCGACGACCCCGCGCUGGAAAACGUAUCCAUGCUUAACGAGGCCGGACUCACCGACGCGGAAGCCGCUCUGAGUGACGUCAACUCCUGCUACUUCGACCGAGACGAUGACGUGUCCUCCCGCGCCUCCUCCCGCCUCCUCGACUCCGAGGCGCUCGUCUCCCUCGAGUCCCUCAGCGCCAUCUACGACUCCGACGAGCCCGCGCACAGGUACCUCGCGAACAUUCGCACCGUCAGCGAAUCCAUCACCAGGAACUUCGGACAGCCCGCGCACGUCACCGACGGCGAGAGCGACGUCUAGUGAUACUCUGUGAUACUCUUGGAACGGAGGAAACUUACCCGCGCACCCGACUCGUUUCCGAACUAUUCGUAUUCUCGUGUAUUGCCUUUCGAUUAUUUUACGAAUAUUGUGAUAGAAGUAAUCUCAAGCGAUGAGCGUUACAGAUCUAAUUCGAAUGUAAGUUUUGUAUGUUGGACGAAAUACUUGGCUCUCUAAUUGAAGUACGAAUACUCAAAGUAAAUCGCGCACGAUGAUUUGUAUGACACGAAAACAAAUAGACGAUUCUAAAUCCGAGACGAGCGACACCUUGAUAUUCGAAGCGUUCGUCAUCAUCGCCGAUCAACAUUGCUGAUGUGCCUGUAUAAUUAAUGAUUUACUAUGUAAAUGGUGUCAAUAUGUACCUAUACCUAUGUAGUUAAAGUGUAUGAUAUUCAUGUACAGCCGACGAUGCCAUGUGAUGGCUCAUGCAUCAUCUAGGGGUAUGCGAUGAUCUCUACAAUUAUAAGGUGCUCUGAAUUAGAAUUAUUUGUGGUUUGUCUUGUGAUAAUGGUAUAAGGAAUUAGCAUUCGAGCGACCAAUCUCCGUAGAAUUCUGUGUUUAGAGUAAGGGCCGGUCCCUGUUCAAGUUGUUCAACUAUUUAGAUACCCGGAAAUGUAUUCGAGCAACAUCUGGGGCUAAGGCCCACGUGGUUCGGUGUAAGUGACUCUUGCAUUUCAAUUUAACUUAGUAUAAAAUAUGUUGUUACCAUAGACUGGACUAUAUUGUAACUUAGAAACUGUAUUAACUAUAGUAUGCGUAUUCUUAUUACAACACGAAAUCAUUCUUUCACCGCCUUCCCCACAUAUCAGAAUAUUUUAACCAGCAAAUGCACCUUGGACAUACCUACAUGUAUACUUGCGAGCUCCUCUGUUCAUCAGUUAAAAACACACUUUGAGGGCUGACGCACACUUGUCUGUCAGUGAAUGCUUCAUACAUUUUUAUGUAAUUCAGACGGGACUACUCACCUGUAAUUUCAUAGAACGUAUGAACACGUUGCAAUGGCCAAAUGUGCGGAAGCUCUUAACUUUUUUCUUUCAAGCUUGAAUUCUAGUCACUGUUCUUAUAACAUGUCAAUUGAAUUUUUUUCUUGGAAUUUAUAGAUAGAUAUACGGUCCAAGUAGAGGUGCCAUUUAAUUAAUAAUUUUAUGUGUCGUUUAAAUCAGUUUACUGUGAAUGAAUAUGAAUUUAAUCAGGUGAGAAUUAGGACUUUGAUGAAGAAAAUCAGUAACUUAAUACCUAGUAGUUUAGUUUAUUGUAACUGUAGUACAACCAUCACGAGAAACCACUACUGAAUAUUUGUUGUAAAAUAUUCUUGGUAUUUGUGUUAUAGAGUAAGAGCUAGUGAACGCCAGACCUACGUCAUUUUAUAAAAGCUGAAAGUUUGUCAGCGUAUGCUCCCAAUAUAGGAUAUAAUGUUGGUGAAUUAUGAAGUUUGGGUUACUGAAGUUUGAGUUGGAACUGUCAAAACUGUCUGGCUGUUGGGGAAAAUACUGGAUGGAUGUAAAUGGUAAAUGGAUUCAUCGGAUUCCGAAGACGAUUGUUACGGGAACAUAGCACAGAAAUAGCAGCGAAUGAAAAAUAAUUACAAGGAGGAUACCAUAGAAACAACCAACUUGUUGAACGAAUCGACGACGGAGCUCGACGAAAUCGUGAAGAAUGCUGAAUUACUUGCUAAAAAGAGAGCCGAAGCCAGUUUGCAGGAAAAGAAGAGGCAAGCAAAGAAGAAGAACAAGAUGCGGAUUUUCUCGAUACUCUAAUAGCAACCUCGCCGAAAAGAAUGACGCGAUCUGCCGCGGAAAGGGCUAGUUCUGACACCAAUUCGAGUGAAGGUACCGCUCCUAAAAGGGUAACAGAAGAAAAAGAGGCGGGAAAGCGUCCCAAAUCGACACCAACACUGACACAACCCAGGAUACCGUUCAAAAUGUAGUUGAAACGUCAAAUGUACAAAAUACCACACAGUCUGUUCAAAUUCUACCUCAAACUCAACAAAAUACUCCUAGAACUAGAGGUAGAGGUCGUGGUAAGAGUAGAGGUAGUAACUCGAGAGGUAUAAUACACGUACCUAGCUUUUGGGGAAUUGCUACAUACAGCGUUGGAAACACAGAUGAGUACCCAGACCAGUCACAUUGCCAACGAAUAUUUAGUUCAAAGCCUGCCAAAAAAGCCAAAGAUUUAAUGGUAUAACGUUAGUAGAAUUACAGUCUAUUGAAUAUACAGAAAAAGCCACCGUAAAAGUAAGACUUACGUUAUACCAUAAAAUCUGUUUUUUUUUAAUGUUUAAUAUUUGGGCAAUAUUUAGAAGUAUUUUCCCAACAUCCAGACAGUUUUGGCAGUUCCAACUCCUUGCCAGACAGUUUUUUUUAGGGUAGCUCCCAAAGCCACGAUGACCCAAACUUCAUAAUUCACCAACAUUAUAACCUAUAUUGGGAGCUCACGCUGACAAACUUUCAGCUUUUAUAAAAUGACGUAGGUCUGGCGUUCACUAGCUCUUAGUCAAUUAAUUUCUGUCAUUUACAUUAACGUAAGUUUUUUGUCAAUUUCAUGUAAUGAAUGUUGUUUUAGUAUUAAGCUGUAAUCGGUUGGUAUAUGUAUUAUCUUGUUUUAGGCGCUUUAAGCCAUUGUAACUUAAUCAUGCAGCAUUACUUGACAUACUGAGCACGUACUUAAACGAGUUUAGUGGCAGAUUCGAUGGAAGCGGACCUCUCCGCAAGAUGGCUGGUUGCGGAACACUGAUUAAUUAUACUUAUUAUUUUAUAUUGUUUGUUGCCUCUCAUGUUUUAGUUCUAUGUUCAAUGUUGUGAAAUUCAUGCUAUACGCUUAUGAGUUGAACCUUACUGGUAUUUUUGAUUGUGUACCCAUAAAGCGUCGGGUCUAAAUAACGUAACGUUGUAUCCAUUUUGUUAAAAGGAUCCCUAAAACGUAAAAAGCUGGCGAUAAGGCGAUUGUACAUAGCAGGAGCGAGCAGCUCCAAUGAAGUGAGAUCUAGAGAAUUGUUAACUGUAAAUAUUGUUAGUAAUCUAAAGUGCUAUUCCACUUAAAUUAAUACAUAAACUUAUAAUGCUGUGAAGAGAAGGUAUUUUUUGAAGAAAUCCUCUUGUUUGCUAUUUCUAUUUCUUGUAUUUCGACUCAACGUGUUUCUUGUUAACGUAUUUACACAUAGUGCCAAACUAUUUUAUGCAUACGCUUUAGCCAAUUUCCUUUCUUUUAUUUUAUGUGCUAGAUACUUUCAUGAGUUUUCAUUUACAGAGGUUUCACUAUUGAAUAUAUUACUCUGGCAUUUUUCGAAUUAACAAAAUAGAUCUGAGGGUUAGAGUAAAUCUUGUAGAAGCGUAGAGGUAUUUAAACAUGAAAUUGUCAACUGUUUAAAUGUACUCAAUGCAGAGUUUAUAAUAUUUUUAAUUACAACUCAAUGUAUGAACAAUAUUUACUAUCAAAAUAUUUACAAACUUUAGAGCUUAAACAUGAGGAUAAAACGUUUAAAGUUUUAUGAAAUUAAAUCCAAGUCAGUUUCAAAUUUAUAAAAUACUAAAUUAAUAUUAUAACGAACUAAUAUCGAAAAAUACAUAUAGAAGAUAAUCUUCAAUAAUAUAUUAGUGUAAAUGUCAACAGACAGAUAAGCUAAAUACAACGUAAUAGCAAACAUGUAAUGUACAAUUAUUUUUGUAGGAUCUUCAAUUGCGCCUUGUGUAGGAAAUGUAUUGUGUAUUUUAUUUAUUUCAAUUCAAUUAA